AUGACUAAAACCAAAAUUGCCGGUGUUUGCCCUCUUUGUGGGUCCAAGAGAGAGAGGCUGAGCCGCCACAUUCAGACGUUCCACGGUGUCACCAACCCUCGUGAGAGGGACAUCCUAAACCGGUUGGCCAAAAAAAGAGUGCCUGAAGGAGCUGGCGGCACUCAGGGCCUCCAGGGGGGGUCCGGGCUAGACCUUCGGCAAGCUAGACCUUCGGCCAAGCUAGACCUUCGGCAGGAUGGUGUGGAGGAUGAUGGGGAGGAGUGCGGCCAGCCGCCUGUAGAGGAGCUGGCGGCACUCAGGGCCUCCAACCCGGACCCCCCCAUGGUGUCCGAGCUAGACCUUCGGCAGGAUGGGGUGGAGGAUGACGGGGAGGAGUGCGGCCGGCCGCCUGUGUACGCAGGGUGGACAACCUCCUCACAGAGGUGGAGAGGCUGA